GCCCCGAAAGCAAAGAGUUGGUUUGGUCCUACCUCAACCAAUGUCUAUAGAUUCAAUUAUUUCAAUGGUGCCCACAAGCCGCGUGGUCCUGGAUUAUCUCAAGUCUUUUCUUUUCUUGGUGCAGUACUUUUUUAUUAGUUUUCCAACUUGGUAGGAAAUUUCGUUUUGGAAAAAUAUGAAAUGGAAGAUAAGUAAUGGAUUCCCUGCUUUGUAACGCUAGCUGUUGAAUGUUGCUCAUCUCUGCCUGCAAAAAAUAUAGUCCAACUAUUCAACUUCAAACAAAGCAUUUUACCUUCAUCUGUUAAAGAGUUUCCCUUGAAGAUGGCUGACACCGUGCUUAGUGUGAUCUUGGAUAAGAUACUUCCACUUGCUGCCGCCGAGACCAGCCGGGCAUGGGGUGUAAAGAAAGCCCUUCAGAAGCUCUCCAAGAAAGUAGAGAUGGUGGAAGCUUUGAUUUCUGAUGCUAAAUGCAAGCAAUCAACAAGCAAAGCAGUGCAACUCUGGCUCAAAAGGCUCCAGUCCAUAGCACGUGAUGCUGAGAUCGUGUUGGAUGACUUCGGAUAUGAAGUUCUGCGGCAGAAGGUUGAGAAUCGGAAGCGCGACAAGCUACGCAACCUCUUUUCUAUUUCUUCCUCAAAUCCUAUUUCCUUUCCUCUACAGAUGGCUAACAAGAUCAAGAAUGUUAGCGCAUCUCUGGAGGAAGCUUACAAAGAAGCAAAACGGAUAGGGCUUCAUCCAGCUCAACUACCCAUGGCAUCUGCUGAUCACAAAGAGGAUCGGUGGACUGCUCCUUUUGUGGACGAGUCAGAAACGGUGGGAAGGGAGGCUGAGGUAUCUAAAGUUGUGAGCAUGUUAAUUAGCUCAGACUGUAAGAAGGAUUUACCCGUCAUCUCAAUAGUUGGGAUGGGUGGCCAGGGUAAAACAACCCUCGCACAGCUGGUGCUAAAAAAUGAGAAUGUAACGAAGCAUUUUGAUAAAAUAAUAUGGGUUUGUGUGUCUGAUGAUUUCAGAGUGGAAAGGCUGUUGAACCAUAUGCUUCAAUCCCUCGGGGAUCAUUCCCUCGGGGAAAAGAAUGCUGAGACGACAACCAAGGAAGCAUUGGUAAGGAGGCUUCAAGAAAAUCUGAAAGGAAAAAGUUACUUGCUUGUCCUUGAUGAUAUUUGGAAUGACGAUCCACUGAAAUGGAAUGACAUGAGGAUAUGUUUGUUAGCAAUUGGGGGUGCUCCAGGAAGCAAAAUAUUGGCUACCACACGUAGCGAUGAGGUAGCCUCAGCAAUGCAAACAUCUGGUUUGCAUCAUCUAGACAUCCUCUCAGAUGAUAAUAGCUGGAUGUUGUUUGAAAAACUAGCAUUUGCAGACGGUGGUGCAACAAUGACUCAAGAUCUGGUGGGCAUUGGCAGAAGGAUACUGAAAAAGUGCGGCGGCGUGCCAUUAGCGAUCAAAGUGAUCGGGGGUUUGUUGUAUUCCAAAAAGGAUGCCUCUGAAUGGUCGAAGCUUGAGAAGAGUGAAAUAUGGAACGAGUCGACCGAUAUUGCAAAACGAGUCAUGUCUGUCCUGAAGCUGAGUUACGAGAACUUACCUUCAUGGUCAGUGAAACAAUGCUUCGCAAGUUGUUCCAUCUUCCCGAAGGACGCUGUCAUGGAAAAACAAAGCUUGAUACAGAUUUGGAUGGCCCAGGGAUUGAUUAAUGAUGCCAAGGGAGGAGGAGGUCAUUUGCAAAUGGAGGAUAUAGGCAGUGAGUAUUUCAACGUAUUGCUUCGGAGUUCUUUGUUGCAAGCUUCUCCUGAGUACGGAAUCAAGUACGGCGGGAUGCACGACCUUGUGCAUGAUCUUUCACUGCAAGUGUCAAAUAAUCGUUUCUUCAACACAGAGGAUGGCAUGGAAGUCAGUCAUCAUGAUGAAGUUAUGCAUUUGACCAUCAUUGGGAGUCCAGGGAAGGUGUUAAAGAAUAUCGAAGGGAUUCCUCCAAAUUUGCAAACGCUUUAUUAUCUUGAGGGUGAUGGUAUUAUGCUCGAAGACAUCUUGGAAAGGUCUAGAUACCUUUCUGUAUUAAAAGUAGGCAGCUGGCAUGUUACUCAUCUCCCGAAUGCAGUGGGUAAUAUGAAACAUUUAAGACAUCUUGAUAUCAGUCGAACUAAAAUCACCGCUCUGCCAGAUUCCAUCACAAAGCUCUACAAUUUGAUGACCUUGAAGGUACGUUGCUUGGAAGAGAUACCUAAGAAGUUUGGCAAUCUAAUUAACUUGAGGCAUCUCGAGUUUGCUAGAGGGGGGUCCGGAUGUUUGUUCCCUGGAAUCGGGCAGUUGGCUAAUCUUCGGACGUUGCCCCCCUUCAGGGUAAGCCAAGACAAGGGAUGUCAACUUGAGGAGUUGGAACACUUGCGUAACCUCCGAGGCAAGCUAAAAAUUUCUGGACUUGAAAAUGUGAGCAGCUUUGAAUCCGCAGCAAAAGCAAAGUUGUCCGAAAAAUCAAGCAUUCAAGGUUUAAGACUUUCGUGGAAUGGCACGAAAGAAGAUUGCGACGACAACAAUAUCAACAGUGUCAUGGAAGGUCUCCAACCUCACCCAAACUUGAAAAGUUUAGCCAUUGAGGGUUUCGAAGGUUCAAGGUUGCCGUUGUGGAUGGUACUUCUUCGGAAUCUGGUACGCCUCACGUUGGAGGAAUUGGGUAAGUGUGAACAAGUACCACCACUAGGGGACUUGCCUUGUCUCGAGUCCUUAUGCAUGGAGUCCUUACAUAAUGUGAAGCGCAUUGGGGCUGAAUUCUAUGGUCUCCUUGCACAUCUCGAUAUUAAUGCAAGGAGCAGCGCUUGUAGUAGUAGCAGAGAGGCGAAACCAAGCACUCUGUUUCCGAAACUGUCGCGUUUUGAGUUGCGGAACAUGGGAAGUCUAGAGGAGUGGUCAGAUGCAAUGGUUCCCUCGGAUUCUUCUUCAUCAAUUAAGGUAUUCCCUAAUCUCCGGGACUUGACAAUUUCCGAUCUCCCCAAGUUGGCUGUUCUACCGGAUAUGGAGAACUUGACAUCUCUUAAGGAGUUAGAGAUACAAGAAUGUGGAAGUUUGGCUUGUAUAAGGAAUUUGAAUAGCCUUGCAUCUCUCGAAUCCUUACACUUAUAUAGCUGCCCUGCUUUAUUAGAUGCUUCUCUGGAUAUGGAAAACCUACGUGAAUUAAUCAUCUCAGGAUGUGAUAAGUUGAAUCCUUCUUUGAGUAAUAAUCUUGAGAAGUUCACGUCACUCGAGCGGUUGGAGAUCCGCUCUCAUGACCCUGGUUGUUGGCCAAUUAUGGUUCUCCACCGUCUAGCCAACCUCAGAUCGUUGACUCUCGGUGGCUUCUCUGACAUCCUUGACCUUGAUCAUUUCCCGUGGCCACACUCCAUCACCAAUCUCGUCUCGCUGGAAACACUUCGAUUGUAUGGAUGGCCAAAAAUCACGUCUCUCCCAGACCAAAUUCAGCAUAUCUCUACCUUGACGUCUCUAGAGAUAUGGGAGUUUGAGGGGUUGGAAGUUCUUCCAGAGUGGAUGGGUAGCCUUCGGAAUCUUCGAGAAUUGUGGAUUGGUGAUUGCUCUAACCUCAGACAGUUGCCCUCCGCAGAAGCAAUGCGACACCUCACCAAUUUAAAUGAGCUACGUAUCUACAACUGUCCUCUUUUAGCAAAGAGAUGCAUCAAAGGAAGUGGCGCAGAGUGGCCCAAGAUUGCACAUAUUCCCCUUGUUGUUAUCGAUUUCAACAAAGUUUGACUGGUUUCGCAUUAGGGAAACAAACCCCACUGUAACUGGUCAGAAUCAAGGCAACUCAUCCAUCGUCACAAAAAAGAAGAGCAGUUUUCUCAAACUGCCUCAUUAUUGAUUCCAGAUGUCUGCUGAUUAUUGAUUCCAGUAUUCUCUCCUUUGAGGGACAGCAACCAAAGUAUUUCCGUGACCUGAGACCACAUUCAAAUGUUUGGGGGAUUUUGAUGAAUCCUGUAUGUUGAACAACAGCAUAUAAUUUGGGAUUGUUUGUUGACGCAGUACCUCAGUGUGUAUAUCUUUAUUGCUGUUUCUCAAUGUCCAACUCUAUUGUAAAGUGAAACUUUAAUUUUCAUUAAGAUACAGUGCAUUUGGGUCCUUGAGCUUAUCAAAUAAAUAUGAAUGCCAGCCAAACUAGCAAAGGAGUAUGUUCAGUUCUAA